AUGAGUUGGUGGAACGACUUCUCCACACACCGCAACGGCGGUGUCGUGGAUGGGUUGCCGCGGCCGCGGCAACAUCCAGCGUCCGAUUCCUUCUCGACACAGGAGACGGCUACUCAAGGCGCUGUCGACCAUCAUGAGCACCAUACAAGCAACGCCAAUAGCCCGAACAAGAGCACCUACGUGAGCAAGGCAAACCUUAGUGACACCAGCGUCGGCAGCGGCUUCGCCUCUCAUGAAGCAACCUGGGGGACAGCGACAGAGUGCAGCGACGUCGGCUCUCUUUGGCAGAGAGCGACCAGCGUUUGCGGCGUGACCGAGUCGGAUCCGCUUGGCGUGUCGGCUGCCGUGUCUGCGUAUGGCUCGCCGGCCCUUCAAAAGCAGCAGGAAAAGCCGCCCGCACAACAGGAAGAGCCACCAGCGCAGCACCCUCUCCAGCCGCUCUUGCUGCUCCCUACGGCGCGCGCUGUCGAAGGAGUUCAGUCGUCCUCCACGAAGGGUGUUCGGUGCGGCUCUGGCUCGAACAGCGACAGCAGCGGCGCCUACUGCAGUGGCGGGCCUGUCGGAGCGCUCAGCUUUGCAAUGGACUACUACGGACCAUCGUUUACGAGCGGGACGGAAGGCGUCAAAACCAACGCCGCCACGUACAGUCGCGGCGGCCAUGCUUCCAGCAGCACGCACACAAUCAACGACGACAGCGACAGCGUAGUCAGCGGCGACAUCGACGAAGCCGUCGACAAAGACGUCCGCUAUGAAGAGGUAGACGUCGGCAACAUAUCGAGCCUCAUCGCAGCUCUGCAGGUGCGAGACGCAGCUAGCUUGACUAAUAGUGACGCCCCCAAUGCUGAGGAUGAGGAGGGGAAGAAGGCUGGCCGCUCGAGUUGCGCGCAAGACAAGCCGCCAGCACGCGACUCGCAGGCUCAAGCAGACACCGGCAGGGGUGUAGAUGUGACCGCGAACUCUGCCGCAGCUAAGAAGCAGCAGCACCAGCAGCAAGAGGCGGGCCACACUACAAUGAUCGCGAACUUCGCGCCCGUCUUUCACGAUCCUAACGCUGGCGCUCCCCUGAUCGCCAGUGUCAACACUACGCAGAGCAUCAGCCGGCGCCAUAGCAGCAACAUGUACAACAGUAGCACGAGCGGCAGCGCCCUCGCACACAACGUGAGCAGCAGCAGCGGCUUCUACGAGGUUCCGCUGGGAGAGGCGCCAUCUGGUAGCGUCGUUAGCACGAGUGGGCGGGCAGGACCGGGAGCAAGUCCGCGUCACCACGGCGACGAGGUGGCUCCCCUGCGACUCACCUCGUCCACACUGCACAACGUCCUCGCUAGCUUCCAAUCGGCGCUGGUGGAGCGCUCAAGCGAUGUGCCGUUGCCGGGGACUAUUGGCGACCUCUUCAACGCGAGAGGGUGGGACACCAGCUCGCAGAACGGCAGCAACAGCAGCGGUGCCGCGGGUGGCAGCCGACUGUGCCACCACAGUUCCCCGACUGCGCAAGAGGACUGGGGCACACAAACCUCGGCUGCUCCUGCGACCGCUGGGGCCUCUGUUGCGGUGACGGCGUGUGGCAGCAGCGGCGACGCGUCAGCCGUGUUGGACGCUCCUGCCGCGGCCCGUAACGGCAGCCCAGUUAUGCGUGGCCGUGUCAACUCCGUUGUGGCGCACAAGCUCAACCUCGAUGGAGCCCCGCGCCGCUCUCAGAUGCAGGACUUGCGCGGCAGCGGCGGCUUCCCGCCUGCUGCCGCAAGUCUUGACAGCACAUGCUCCUCCGACACCCACACCCCGACUCUGUCGACUCAUGGGCGACUGUGCGCACCGCACCACGUCUACACGCAGGAGCGGGCAGCCUCGCCUGACUCGAGUGGGGACUGCUUCUUGGCACACACCUCCUCGUCUGCACUGGGUAUGCUGCAUCACCACCAGCGAGUGACGAGUUCGGUGACAGCGGAGGACUUUGCGACGCCGCAUCACCACAUGCGGACGGCGAGCGAGGUGUCGCUGCCGGCAGCGGCCGCCACAUACCAUGGCGGUAGUGCGCUGCAACAGCGCAUCGACGACCGCGGGUGCAUUGCGGUCGUCGAUCCGCAGCGGCGCAAGCUGCACGUGCCGCUGUCUGCCAUCCACAUGACCAAGGCGCUGAAUGGCCGCCUCAAAACACCGUCGCUAUGUCUGCUCUACCAGCUGGGCCGCUGUCGUCAGGGCGAAAACUGCUACCAGGUGCACGUAGACUCAGCCAUAGUGGAGCGGCUGCGCGCCGACGCGAAAAACACGCCAUGCUGCUGCUUCCAGCACGGGGAUAGCAACGGCCAGGUGAUGGACCGCACGGCGUACGAGGGGCGUUCUUUGGGGAUUGCCGGGCAGUUUUCUGUUCCUCUCACCCGAGUCGCCUACACGGCCGGGCUGCAGCGCGUGCUGCAAGACCAACCGGCGUGCGCGCCGGUGAAAGCAUCCGUGCUGUGCCGCCUGCACGGCCAACCCGGUGGGUGCCGCUUCGGGGCGGACUGCAGAUUUGUGCACGUCUGCCGCCAGAUCCUACAAAACGAGCUGGCCAGUAUCAUGGCGAACGCGGUGGCGGCCGCCCAGCAGCAGCAGCAGCAGCAAUCGCGGUCAGGAAACGGGUCGCCGCUUUUGGUGGACUUGAUCAACAGCGGGCUCAUUCCAUCAUCGUCUGGGACGAUGCACGGCGGCGCCAGCACGGUGAUGAUGAGUCUCAACAACGCUGCCUCCUCUGUCGUGUCGGCCGCGGACUUUUCUCUGUCCCAGUUCUCGCAGUCGGUCCCUGCUUCUAGCACCACCUUGAUGACCGCUUUCGCAAGCCGCGUGCCGCCUUCGUCUCAGCAGCAGCAGUCUUCUACCCCGUCUUCUGUGACUAUGCAGCCGCUCCCCUGCGCCAGCACACUUUCAGCUCCGUCCGCAGGCGCCUACUACACGCUUGCUAAGUUUCAGCAGCGAGUUUCACAAGUGCAGACGCCUGCCGGUAGGCCUUUCCCACUGCAGGCCUCUCUGCUCGGGUCGCCGCCGUCGGCGUGCCACGACCACGUGCGCACCCUCAGCACCCAUAGCAAUGGCACCUACCAAUCCUAUGCAAGUCCUCACCUUGCGCAGACGCCGAACCACAGCGAGGCGGCAUCCCCCAUAAACAUGGGGCUCUCCAUGGCGCGCAGCCUAACUGCGUUCCCGGCAUCCGCGGCAACGACAGCCGGCGGCAGCGGAUGCGGCGCCUUUCCAUCCCUGACGCCGCAUCCGCUCUCUCACCAAACCACGCCACCGCAGCGCCACCAGCCAUCGUCACUGGCGCAGCAGCAGCAGCAGCAGCGACUCUUGGGCCUUCAGCAACACCAACAGUCCACCUCUCAGCAGAUUUACGUCCACCAGAUGAACACAGACGGCAGCGUCUCCCUCGUUCCCAUUAACGUCAUGCAGGACUUUGGCGGCAGCGGCGUGUAG